AGCAAAACUACAACAACUGGCGGUUAAUAACACUAAUUAAGAUUGAUUUUAAGUAUUUUUCAAGAAUUGACAGAAUAAUCAACAUUCAAUACAUUAAAAGUUUAUAUAAAUGACGAGUAUUUUGGAUAAAAAUGUGUCGGACAGCGAUAAGAUUGAAAUUAUAACCCGGUUCAUACUCCACGCGCCGCCCGGCGAGUUCAGGGAAGUUGUUAACGACGUGCGCUUACUAUUAAACAACGACACCUUAUUGAAAGAACAGGCCUCCCGUGCAUUCGCGCAACACAUUAAGGAUCAAUUGACACCCGUUUCCCUACAAUCGGCCAAACUUCAGUCUUUGAUUACGGAAUACAAUGAGUUGGGUUCCGAUCGCUAUUACGACCCCCAAAGACGACAGUCUUUCAAAUACGACCACUUGAACGAAGACGUCUCUGACUACGAGCCCUGGAAACCCGACCCCUUAAGUGAGCCCUGGAGGGCAGCUCUGGACGAGGUUUGGCUCAAAUACUGUACCGAUCACUACCCCAACGGUGUUUGUGCUGUGUUUGGGUUCAGUAAAAACGGACAAAUCAGUCUCACGGCUUGUAUUGAAGGACAUACCUAUCAGCCCAAGAACUACUGCAACGGAAAGUGGCGUUCCGUAUGGAGUGUUGUGUUCGAGGGGUCGGGUUCUCGAGCGGAGCUGAAGGGAGCCAUCAAAGCGCAGGUCCACUACUAUGAAGACGGAAACGUUCAGUUCUUCAGCUCUAAAGACAUUCAAAAACAGAUUACGAUUUCUGUGAGUCUUUUGACGCGAUAUGAAAAUCGGAUCAAACCUUUUGUGUGCUUUCAGAAUGAGAAACAAACGGCAGAAGAGAUGAGACGUUUGGUGGAAGAGGCGGAGAGUGAGUACCAAACGGCUGUAUCGGACAACUACCGGACAAUGUCUGAGACCACUUUCAAAGCCCUCCGGCGGGCACUGCCGGUCAUACAGCAGAAGCUCGAUUGGAACCGAUUAACCGGUUAUAGCAUUGGAAAUGAAUUGAAACCUUUCAAAGUUUGA